AUGCCGACCGAUAUGACCAAGUUCCAGCUUGUGCAGACCGCCAAGUUCUCGGUGCUGCACCCGGUGAAAGGCGCGAAGCCCAUGAAGGCCAUUGCCGGUGCCAAGAAGGCGGCCCCAGUCAAGAAAGAAUCGCCCAAGAAGGUCGAGCAGAAGAAGGAGGAAGACGAUGAUGAUGACGACCUGUUUGGCGAUGACGACGACGAGGACGACGAGGCUACCAAAGCACUGGCUGCCAAGCGCGCCGAGGCGGCCAAGUCUGCUAAGAAGGAGAAAAAGAAACCCGUGGAGCGCUCGCAGGUGGUGAUCGAGGUCAAGCCGUGGGAGGCCGAGACGGACCUUGAAGAAUUGGCUGCCAAGAUCAAGGCGCUGCCUAUUGACGGUCUCACUUGGGGCGAAGGCCACAAGCUUGUGCCCGUGGCGUUUGGCAUCAAGAAGCUGUUGGUGCAGUGUGUCAUUAUUGACGAGUUGGUGCUCAUGGACGACAUUACGGACGCCAUCGAGAGCUUUGAGGAUUAUGUCCAGUCGGUCGACGUGGCAUCCAUGAACAAGCUCUAG